GUCACUGCGUCAACGCCAGUGAAUGUCUGCGUCGGGACGGGGGCACGGAACUGCUGUAGGGUCGACGAGUAAUUGGAGAUGAAGGAGAAAGAUGGAAAUUAAACAAGGGUUUUAGAAUUGUAGAUGUAAAUGACAAUAGUUAAAUUAUUUGUAGCCUCAUUUUAAAGCGAAUGUUAUAUGAGGACUCGCGGAGGAAGUGCUUCAAUCGCAGUAAGGUAGCGAAUGUAGGGGACUGGGGAGGGCUGUAGCUGCUGGGUUUUUUUGGAGAGGGAAAACAACAUGGCUGCGGUGGAGCUCGAAUGGAUCCCAGAAACACUGUACAACACCGCUAUCUCGGCUGUGGUGGACAACUACAGCCGAUCAAGAAGGGACAUACGGUCGCUCCCCGAAAAUAUACAGUUCGAUGUCUAUUAUAAGCUUUACCAGCAGGGCCGGCUCUGCCAGCUGGGAGGAGAGUUCUGUGAGCUGGAGGUGUUUGCUAAAGUACUUCGGGCUUCAGACAAAAGACACCUUCUGCACCACUGCUUUCAAGCGCUAAUGGACCACGGUGUGAAAGUGGCCUCAGUUCUGGCAAACUCCUUCAGCCGCCGCUGCUCCUACAUCGCAGAGUCUGACGCCCAUGUCAAAGAGAAGGCCAUCCAGUUCGGCUUUGUGCUGGGUGGCUUCCUGUCUGAUGCUGGCUGGUACGGAGAUGCAGAAAAAGUGUUUCUGUCGUGCCUGCAGCUGUGCACGCUCCAGAGUGAAAUCCUCCACUGUUACAGGGCUGUGGAAUGCUGUGUCAGGCUGCUCCAUGUCCGAAAUGGCAACUGUAAGUACCACCUGGGGGAGGAGACCUUCAAGCUUGCUCAAUCCUACAUGGACAAACUAGCCAAACAUGGCCACCAGGCCAACAAGGCAGCGCUGUACGGCGAGCUUUGUGCCUUGCUCUUCGCCAAAAGCCACUAUGAUGAGGCAUACCGGUGGUGUAUAGAGGCCAUGAAGGAAAUUACUCCAGGGCUGCCUGUCAAAGUAGUGGUUGAUGUCCUCCGGCAAGCCUCCAAGGCCUGUGUGGUGAAGAGAGAGUUCAGAAAAGCUGAGCAGCUGAUCAAACAUGCAGUGUUUCUAGCAAGAGAACAUUUUGGACACAAGCAUCCCAAAUACUCUGACACGCUGCUAGAUUACGGAUUUUACUUAUUAAAUGUAGACAACAUAUGCCAAUCGGUUGCUAUUUACCAGACGGCGCUGGACAUCCGACAGUCUGUAUUCGGGGGGAAGAACAUCCACGUUGCCACAGCCCAUGAAGACCUUGCCUACUCCUCAUACGUGCACCAGUAUAGCUCUGGGAAAUUUGACAAUGCUCUAUUCCAUGCAGAACGUGCCAUAGACAUCAUAACUCACAUUCUCCCAGAGGACCAUCUGCUGCUGGCCUCUUCCAAAAGAGUCAAAGCUCUGAUUCUGGAGGAAAUCGCCAUUGACUGCCACAAUAAGGAGACAGAAGAGCGCCUUCUUCAAGAGGCUCAUGACCUUCACCUCUCAUCACUGCAGCUGGCCAAGAAGGCCUUCGGAGAGUUCAACGUCCAGACAGCCAAACACUAUGGCAACCUAGGACGACUUUACCAGUCCAUGAGGAAGUUUAAGGAAGCAGAGGAGAUGCACAUCAAAGCCAUCCAGAUCAAGGAGCAGCUUCUGGGCCAUGAGGACUAUGAAGUGGCUCUGUCUGUGGGCCACCUGGCCUCCCUUUACAACUACGACAUGAACCAGUAUGAUGACGCAGAGAGGCUCUACUUGCGCUCCAUCGCUAUCGGUAAGAAGCUGUUUGGUGAGGGCUACAGUGGGCUGGAGUACGACUACCGAGGCCUGAUCAAACUCUACAACUCAGUGGGAAACUACGAGAAGGUGUUUGAAUACCACAACGUACUGUCCAACUGGAACAGGCUGAGGGACCGGCAGUUUGCCGUGGCAGAUGCUCUGGAGGACGUCAACACUACGCCCCAGCAGACCCAGGAGGUGGUACAAGCAUUCCUAUUGGCUCAGAGCCUGGGCCCCACCCGUCCCUGUCUCGGUUGAUUUUAUGAGGGAAGAGAGGAAAAAAAGACACGUGGGGCUUUAGCCUGGCGAGGACACAUACUGAGCCUAAAUGUGAUGCAUCAGCUGCACACAGUUAAUUAGUAAUGCACAGUAAAUUCAAGCAUCACCGGCGAGACAGUUGGCUUUAUAGUCACUGCAACUGCCAGUACACACAGACAUACACUCACAUUUAGUGGAAUACAAAGUAGAGAAGACACCGUUAUCAAACCUCAUCAACAUUCUCACAAACCACCAAGAUGCAACUCCAGACUGGAUGCAGCUUCACCACACAGAGCAGACUGUUGCAUUUCUCCAAGAGAAAGAGGACACACGGCUGAGGGGGGGACGUAACAAAAAAAGAAAAGAGAACCUCAACCACCCUGUAAGGGUGAUCAAUGAUCUCUCUUCUUGUGUCUCGCUCGCCUUUUUCUUUUCAGUUUGGAAUCAAAGGACACUUUUUGCUUUUUGUAUCUGAAGCGGUUUAGCCCUGAAUGCCAUGAGACUCAUCACAGAUGGAAACCAUGUUCUCCAGGGCUAUGUACACGACCGUGUCUGGACCCCACACUCAUCUGUGAAAAACUUGUUUUAACCCACAUUCAUCAACAUCAUCACUUGGUGGAUCAGAGAUGGAAAAUGUCAGAUAUUUUUGACACUUGUACAGUAAAAUAAUACAGCAGAUUGUACACUUGGUUUUUUCUUUGCAAAGAAAUGAAAGUGGACCCUCAGAUCUCCUGUUUUGAACUGCUUGUUGGAGAGAGAUUACAAACAGUGGAAUGUGUUCAACCAGUUGGUAUAUUGUUACACACAUAACAGGCUUCACAGUUCUUGUUUUCAAUAUAUUUUAUCUCUUUUUUCCAGAUUAGUACUGACAAUAAUUAAAAUGCCAACAAUUUAUAUGCAAAAGUGUAUGUUUAUGUAGCCCUUUGUGUAUGCUUUUCUUACCGAGUGAGCCAUGAAUCCUGAAGAAACAGCUCAACGCGUUAAAACAAGGGACUAGGAUGAGUGAAAAGAGAAAGAUGCUAGAUGAACAGAGGUGUACGCGGCCCUGUAGUUGUUCAAUUUGGUGUGUGUGUGUGUGUGUGUGUGUGUGUGUGUGUGUGUGUGUGUGUGUGUGUGUGUGUGUGUGUGUGUGUCAGUAUACGCAGAUAGAACUGAGUGCCCAAGUGCUCCACUGAUGAUUACCAGCCUUACACCAGCUUGCAGUUAUCUGUCUGUAGACGGACCCAUACUUCUAAGUGCUAAAUAAACUAUUAUACCCUUAAGGGCACUACAAUUGGGACCAAUAUUUGUGUAAGUGUGUGUGAGCAUGUGUUGCCAGCCUGUUUACCUGUGCAUCUGGCCUUUCCUCUCCACUCCGUCUGGUCUGGUAUCCAAUUAAUGUAAAGUUCCAGAUAUUUUUUUACUGAACCAUGUUUUUCCAUCAGCUUCCACCAUACUGACUGUUUAUGUCCAAAUUCCCAUCAGGUGUUUCACCAUAGAGCUGAGCUGGUGUUUCUCAAUCGGAAUGAACCAAUUUGGAAAAUAACCCUGAACGUCUUUUUUAAAAUCUUAAUGCCGUAAUGCUCACUUCGUUAUAACUCAUGUCAGUGAAAAUGAAGGGAGGAUCAGAUCACUCAAGUAUUUCCCUUACGUACCGUGCACUUUGCUUUUGUCUGGAGCCAAACCAAUGUAGACUUUUUAAGGCUUUUUAAGGUACAAACUUAAACAUAAUUCUGUGUAGUAUAUAUGUGUUCUUCCUACCUUAGGAAACAAUUUGCAAUCCCAGGUGGGGCUCAGACCCUCACUGCCGCUGUGGUAUCUGUCCUUGCGGAUGGUUUUGGUUGAAUCAUUCCAAGUUCCACUGAAAACAUUAAUCCCUAGGAAAACUGGAGUAAUGGACAUUUUGAGGAAAUGUUGCUGUUGCCUCUCUUAUUUCACUUGUCAUCACUACUAAUGAAGUCCUAUUCACUUUAAUUGCAUUGGAGUGGAGGCAGAAAUGUCAGAUUGUAACCUGGGUAAAUCAAACCAAAACUAUCUGCAUGGCUAAAUACCAUCAGAGGUAAGUGAGGAGUAGAUGUUCUCAUCAUCUGGGUGAGCUGACCCUUUAAAGGUGUAGAAUGAAUAUUCAGCGUUGAUCACUUGGUCAUGAAGGAAUUGAGACGAGCAUAGCUCUGUAGAGAAAUAACUGAUGAGAUUAUGUCCCUGAUGGAAAAUGUGAAAAUAGUGUCCUGCUUUAAAAUGAAUUUAGGCAUUAUGAUCUGCAACAUUACUGAAAAUGUGAUGCCUUCGAUAAGUACCCCACUGUUGUUUAUUUUGUAAGUGAAUGAAGAAAACGAGCUUUG